CAGGGUGUACAAUGGAGUUCCUACUGUUUUCACAGAAGAAACACCCCUCAGAUUCAACUCAUCUGCCCUUGCACCAAUGUUAAUAAGAAAUAGUGCCUGGAAUUUGCACUGAUGAUGUUAUAUCAAUGUUGGUAACUGGGGCAAAUCUUCAAUGCAGGUAAGGCCUCACUGGUUCCCAGUGGGCAAGAGUCAUCACAAAAAAACACUUUCACUGACACUAAUUUGCCCUUACUGCCAGUCUCAUUAGAAAGACCAAGCAAUGAUGGACCAGAGAACCAGCAACUCUUUUUCCUACUUCCGACAGGCAGGCUGUAUAGUGAAGAGCUAAGGCACAAUGGCCGAGGGAGGUGCAGGGAGCACCACCACCAUCUGUGCUAUUUCUCUUCUAUGGUCAAAUGAACUACUUCAUUCUCCGGCAUUGUCAAACCAUCAUCUUUUACCACCACUAAAAUCUACCCAAAAGAAAAUCAUAAGCACAACACCAAAGUGUUAAUAGGGAAAAGGUUUAUUCUGCUCCAGGUGGUUGAUUGUGAUCAUAUCAGCAUGCAUCUCUCUCCAAAGCCACCUGCAGCAUGUCAUUGCCUGGGAAACGGACUCUGUGUCUCAACAGCAGGUGAUAUGUAAUUUCCUGUUGUAAUAUAACCACCACCCAUUUUUAUUAAAUAGCUGAUGAAAUAAUCCUGUACCCAUUCGCAUAACUUGAUAGCAGUAAUAUGAAACUCAAAUGGAAGGUUUUACAGUGGCAGCUGAGGUGACUUCUGUAACUGGAAUAGCAGUGUGUGCUGCAGAUCAGGAUUGAGGUGCUCUGACUGAGCUGGGUGUGUGACACAGGACUUGAAUAGCAGGCGGAGCUGCUAGUCAAGAAUCAGAUAUGAGAUGCAUUGGCAGAGCUUUGUGAAGAACUGAAAUAGCUGUAUUGAGAUGAAGAGUUGCGGUAGGUCGGGGUUGAGGGGCAUUGACAGAGCUGUGUGUGAGCCCAGGACUGCAAUAGCAAAGGGGCUGCAGGGUAGGACUGAGGUGAAGUGAUAGGUUUAUAUGCGAAGAAAGCUUGCACUGCCUCUGUCUAUGUGGCCAGCCUACCCAAUGCUAUCAGUCUUUGUCUCCCUCUCUGAGUCACUAAUUCACCCACAAAGGGAGAAAAAAAAGUAGAAUAAAUAUUUGGAAAAAUCUCUGCAUAUUGUCCCUCAGGAUCUGUUCUGCCUGAGAAAGUUUCCUGGUGUCUGGAGCCUUUAGCUUUUGGGAUUUUUUUUUUUACAGGUUCUUUAUUCUGUGCACCAAUUAUUUCUGAAAAAAUAUGACAGAAGUGUGUUACUUUGGGUGUUUUCUUGUUCCCUAGUUUCUCUUUUUCAUUCUUUCUCUGUGCCUCUGUUGAUCUUUCUCUGUCUGCUUUUCUUUCUCUUUCUUGCUCACUAUGUUCUGAGGUCCCCGCCCAGGAUUCUCUCUGGCCUUUGCUGUCAAAGCUGCAGGGGGUAUUUGUAUGUGGAAGAGCCAGGCAGACCCGUUUUACCAGUGUGUGUGUACCAGUCAGCCAGAGUGUUAGAAGUACAAUCACAUGAUCUCCCUGGGGAGACAGCGGAGAAGACUUUGAGGAGCAAAGAAGGGAAGUUGGGCAGGUCCAGGGUACAAAAAUCACCAGGAAGGAACUAGUCCUGGUGGGAAACACACAACAUAGCUGUCAGCACUUUUGUGAGAUGCCUAGGAAAGAAGCAGCAGAUUGGAGCUUCAGGAAAAGGCUACAGUGUCAGUAGAAGGGGGUUAACUCAGUGGAAAUUCCAGAGAUGAAGGACAUGCUCACACCAAACUGAUCAUGGCAGGGGACGUAAGGAGACUCAGACGCGUGCUACUGGAAUGCAACAACAGUGACAAGUUAUGUGUUGUGCGUGAGUACCAGACUGAAGUGAUCAUCAUCCCCGUCUUCCUAGUGGGUGUCUUUGUCAUCCUGUUAGGUGUGAUCCUUUGGCUCCGCUAUCGAAGCUGGAGGUCGAAGCAACAGCAACUGCCCAGAUGCCAAGCUGUUGCCCCAUUGCCAGCAAAGGACAAGAACCAGAAGGAACACAGUGAGUCAGAGAAUACCUGCAUCCAGCUGAGUGAGACAACUGUGGAGAGUCUACUAAGAUCUGCAGCCUUGACUCUGAAGGAGCUAGAAAUACCACGAGACAGACUCAUACCAGGGUCCUCGAAGCUGAUACACAAUGGCAGUUUUGGGGGAAUCUACAGAGCAGAAUUGGAGACUGGGAACCCUGGGAAGACUAAGACAGUCAUCCUGAAAGCCUUACAGGACACUGCUGGACCCAGUGAGGUGAAGAAUUUCCUGGGAAGGAUUAAGUUCCAUCAGUCCCUUGGUCAUCAUGAUAACAUGGUUGAACUGAUAGGAUGUUGUGUAGUCCAGCUGCCUCUUUAUAUGAUCCUGGAGGAUGUGUCCCAUGGGGACCUCCUGAAUUUCUUGUGGACCUGCCGCAGGGAUGUAAUGACCAUGGAUGGUAUCCCGUAUGACUUCACGGAGAGGCAGGUAUAUAAAGUCGGGCAGCAGGUUGCAGCUGCCUUGGAGUUUCUCCAGCAGAAGAAGCUUUUCCAUGGGGAUGUGGCAGCCAGAAAUGUCCUGCUUCAGUCUGACUUCACUGCCAAACUCUGUGGGCUGGGUCUGGCAUGUGAAACCCACACCUAUGGCAGCAGCUGUGUCACACAGAUUGUGCCCCUCAAGUGGCAGGCACCAGAGCGGCUAUUAAUGAAACCUCCCAGCAUCAAGGCAGACAUAUGGUCCUUUGGAAUCUUACUGUAUGAGAUGAUCACAUUAGGGGCUCCACCGUUUCCUGAGGUGCCACCUUCUCAUAUCCUACAACACCUUCAGAGAUGGAAGGUCAUGAAGAGGCCCUCCACCUGCCAGCCAGCUAUGUAUGGUAUCAUGAAGUCCUGCUGGCGGUGGAAUGCUACAGACCGGCCGCCACCCACAGAGCUGAUCAAGCGCCUGCAAACGGCAGCGAAGACCAGCAGUGACCAAGUGGUGCUCCAGGUGCCUGAGCUGGUGGUGCCUGAACUAUAUGCUGAUGUGGCUGGGGUUGAUUUGAGGAGUCUCGCCAGGGACUACACUGUGCUCUGAAGCAUGCCUGUGUGUACUGGGAAGGAGUGGAUUCUCUUUGGGGAAACAAGGGGCUGACCCCUCUGGAAAUCAGAAUGGAGUGUGUGUUGGGAGGGGUUCCUCUAAUUUUUUUUAAUGCAGAAUGUAGUUAGGAGGGUGGGAAGUUCUGAAAUAAACACUAGGAUCCAGAAGGGACUCCCAACUCGCCACUUUGGAAUUGAGAAGUAUAUCCUGCACCACUCAAACACCUCUCUACAUCAUGACUGGCUGCACUGAAGGGGACCAACCAAACAGGAACAAUCAUUCUGAGUGGCCUCAAGGUGGUGCUCAGUUACGAAGUUGUACAGAUUUGAGUGAAUGAAAUCUGUGACAAGGAAGCAUUCCAGUACCACCAUAGGAGAAGGGUGGGGGUGGUAAAAAAUCUUGUCACCCACGACACACCCCUUUUGCUGAUUUUUCUAGUCAUACAUGUGAAGAGAAGGCUCUGACCUGCAGCAAUGGCAACUAUGUGGAUGGGACUGAAAGUUGUUUAGUCCUGCGUUGAGCAGGGGAUUAGAUUAGAUGACCUCCUGAGGUCCCUUCCAACCCAUAUAUUCUACGAUUCUAUGAAAGCUGUCUACAAGGAUUUACAAGAGGUGGACACCAUGGGUGGCAAGGGAUUGCUUGGUUCCAAAGCAUGUAAGUGGGAGGAAACUGGGUGAAAAUGAAUGAAGGGAAAUUACAGAUGGAUAUCAAGAACCAUUUCCUAACUGUGAGGAUUUUUGGAAGUCAUCCUACCUGCCCCCCGCCCCACACUCCCAUUCCCCUCCAAGGAAGUGCUGGAAGUGCCAUUGCUUGAACCUUUUAAAAGAAGAAUAUGCUAUAGGACACAAUCUUGGAGUGGCCCUAGAGAUAAGAAAGUGGAUGGAUUAGGUGUUACCAAAUAAGGCUUUUCCAUCUCUAACUCCUCUAUUGACUGAGGGCCCAAUCAGAUGAAGGGUAACAUUGCUUUUAAACAUUCCACCCCAUGGUGCUUUAUGUCAUAACCAACUGCAGAAUAGUGGACACUGUGUAUUCUGAUAGAAUUAAAUACCCUGAAUGUUAAGGGAUGCAGCAGAAAUAGCUAUAUUAACAUACCACUUGAUGCAGGAAUGUGCCUUGUUUUGUGGUGAGUGGCAGGGGCGGCUAGUUGUAUGGGCCCGUGAUGCCCAGGCUCCAGCAAAUUCAGGGCCUGGGGGCCCAGCUCCACCAAUGUUCUGGGCCAGGUCUCUCCCUCAGCCCUGCCUGCCACCCUGGCCCUGCCUGCCACCCCUGCGUGCCUCUCCCGGAGCGUCCCUGCCUGCCCUGGGCAGUGGGCGGCUUUCCCCUGCAGCUCCACGCUGCACUUCCUCACUGGCCACUGCCAGCUACAAGGGAGUGGCACCGGGGGCGGGUUAAGGCAGCUGCUGCGCCUGCGGAGGAAGGAGGUGCAUGGCAGCCCCCCCCGGCAGGUGACUCCCAGUGGGGAGGGGCUUAUCUUGGCUGGACCUCCUGAGCAACAGCCUGGGGGGGGUCUUGGGUGAGUGUCAGGCUUGGGGGAGGGGCUCCUCUCUCCCCCAGAGCUUGCUGCUGCCAUCAGUGAGAGCGCUGGGAGAGUCCUUCUCU